AUGCUGCAUGCAAGAAUUGAGAAUCCUGAUGUCAUGGCAUCACCUAUCUAUUAUCAAAAGCCUCUAUCACCUGCUCUAACAAUAGACUCGAUUAGAAUAACACAGUCAAGCCCGCUUUCAACAGCUGCCCUGGGUAGACACGCUUCAUUUUCGUCAGCUUCCUCUUCAAUUGGCACCCCUUAUUAUGGUACAAAUCAUGUUUCACCUACGUCGAAUAGUAGACUAGAUUAUUUUUUUGAGACAAGACAUCAAGCUAGUGCAUACUUUCAAUUGUCCCCAAUACAGAGACAACAUUGUACAUUGAUUCCGUCACUGGAAAGGAAGAGUAGUGUUGAAGACUCUUUAAUCCAUAAACUAAACAGGAACACCUUAGAAUAUUUCUCCAAGCCAGUCUCUCAUGGAUCGCCAUCAAACUUGUCGCCCACGGAGAUCCCAAUGCAUCAUGACGUACAAUCUAAUUAUACGACUUUGCCGGUCAUUCAUACAACUAAAUGCACAUCAAAUUGUUGUAGUAACGGUGUUAGUGAAGGCAAUUUAGCUGCUCCUAGCUAUUUCAUUCAGCAGCCUGUCUCUAUUGUUUGUAAUGACUAUGGGAAGACAAAUAUUCCAAAUAUCAUACAUCGGCCAGGUUCUAAUUCCUCGGACAAUUCAAUAUCUGAUAUAAGAACUUCUCAAAGACCAAGUGCAAGGCCUUCUAUUUCAUCUAUUUCAUCUGAUGUAUCAUCUAACUUCAAGAUCAAUGAACGAUUAACUAGUGCACAGUCGGCAACACCUGUUCCCGUUAAAGAAAACAUUAGUCAAGCGCAAUUGGAAGAAGAUAGUUUGAAUUCUGAUGAAAUUUUAAGUCUCACCAAAAUUGCAAAAGAAGCAACCGCUAUGGUCACUCUCGCUUCCUCGGUACCAUUGGAAAGUGAUACCCAGCAUCUAAAUGUCGGUAGAUCCGAGAAAGAGGGGAUUCCCAAUUAUGUUCGAUCACGGUCAUUGUCUGUUCUGUCAAGUGCUGGUGUAUCUUUGCCAUCCUCUCAGCCACAGAAGCCAAAGACAAAACGUUCAAAAUCGCUAACAGUGCCUUCCAAAACCAAGAUUUCAGCUAGUCCUCAAAAACACAAGAAGCAUGGCCAGUCAAGGAAGAGUAAAUUACAGCAAAAGAAGCAUUCCAUAUCUUCCUUGUGCAAUUCAGAUGAUAUUGAGUUGCGCCGCAAGUACCUUUGCAAAGUUUGUGGAAAGGGAUUUACGACAUCAGGUCAUUUGGCAAGGCACAAUAGAAUUCAUACUGGCGAAAAACGCCAUGUGUGUCCAUAUGAGGGCUGUGGUCAAAGAUUUAACCGUCAUGAUAAUUGCUUGCAACACUAUAAGACACAUUUGAAGAGAUUGAAAGAAUACAUGGUGUGA